AUGGCGCUCGACGCUGCCGACAUCGACCAGCUCCGCGCGCUGCUCGCGCAGCGCGCGCGCCGCCUGGUGCGCCUCCGCGUGAGGCUUCGCGAGUACAGGCUGCAGUUCCUCCACCUCGGCAUCCCGCUUCCCAAGGGCGAGGGCGAGGACCUCGUCACGCAGAGCGCCGCCGAGGAGGAAGAGGACGGCUACGUCGAUGGCGAUGGCGGGUACUACCCUGAGCUCCGCUGCAACGACGGGGAGUACUACUACGAGGACGGGCAGGAGGAAGAGGAUGCGGUUGCCCUCGAUCUGGAGCGCCGGAUCUGCCGCCUCGAGCACGAUCACAAAACUCGCCUGCUUGAGCCACCCCUUGAGGAAGAGCAAGAGGAAGGCACCCACCUCUACACAGAUGAGGCGCUGCCGAACUUGUCAGGGCGUGAACGGGGUGAGGGAGAGAGGAAGGGGAGGCGAUGGGAGCAACUGCGACGGCAGCGGCGGCUGCAUGGGCGGCGUGAGGUAGGUAGAGGUGUAGCGGCGUCGGAGUCUUCUGUGUAUAGGGGUACAUCGGACACAGCGAAAAAAACUGACACGGUUGAACCAGUCAACUAA